AUGCAAGCAUUCCCCAAACAACCAAUCAGGGAUCUCCCUGCAAGUGUCCAAAUAUGGGGGAGCACCUCUGCCUUCCCUGUAAUUCCACCUGGGCCUUUUCCUGUUUGGUCACCUGAUCAAACCCAUCUCCUUCCUGCUUUGUGUGAGUGCCUCUCACCAUCACUGCCUGAGGAGUAUGGAAAGUCCUCCGCCUUCCCUGAAAUUACACUUUCUCUUUGUCAUAUAUCUACUGUUGGCUUAGCUGCCUACUUUACCUCACCUCCCUACCAAUCGCAUUUUAUUUCUUCAGAUGAAAUCCAUCUUUCUUUUCCUGCUUUCUUACGCAACUUCUUACUCUUUCGGACGGUAAGCAUUCAUUUAUCCUUCUCUCUUUUUAUCUAUUUUUCAUCAGCAACAUUUUACUGUACAUAUUGCUGUCGUCCAGGUUAUCCUCCACGUGACUAUCAUCAGCAGGGCUCGUCUUUACGAUUUUUUAAAAGAUCUUAUACAAUGGGUCGAAAGAAGAUUCAAAUAACUCGUAUAAAUGAUGAACGGAAUCGCCAGGUGACAUUCACAAAACGGAAAUUUGGCUUGAUGAAGAAAGCCUAUGAACUUUCAGUGCUGUGUGAUUGUGAAAUAGCAUUAAUAAUCUUCACCAGUGGCAAUAAGCUGUAUCAAUAUGCCAGUUCAGACAUGGACAAAGUGUUGCUCAAAUACACUGAGUAUAAUGACACUGUGGUUAGCCAGACUAAUAAGGAUAUUGUAGAGCUUUUGAAUAAAAAGGAUAAAGGUAAUGACAGUCCUGAAGCAGAUGAUGAAUAUGUGUUGACGCCACACACAGUGGAAAACUAUAAACGUAUUGAUGCUGAAUAUGCCCGUGUCAUGCAAGCUCCGCAACCAACUUCAACCACUCUCAGCCCAUAUCAACAAGUGUCAGUGCCAAUCACUAAUUUCUCCAUGCAUAAUUCUGGUUCAGCCAGCACCCAAACAGCUUCAACAGUGUCUGGUAGCAGUGCUAGCCAUAAUGCAGUCCUCUUGCUUUCCUCCAGUCAGAAUGGCCAAUCGACAGCAGCUGCUGUACCUUCCACCUACAGUCCAGUGCCUUCCACUUCAGGUUCCAAAAGUGGUGGGGAUUCCUCAAGUCCCCCUGCAGUUGUUCCUCGAACUUUGCAGAUCCCUCAACAUCAUCGUGAAGAGAGCAGUUCACCUGUAACCCACACACAGCCAGUUCCAACACUUGUCACAACUUUAGACCCUGAUAAAGAUGUUUCUGACUUGACCACCACCAGUACUGGACACUUAGUUCAAGGCAAACGACCAGAGUUAAGAAUUCAGAUUCCACCCAAGACUCAUGAAAUGAGUUCUGUAAGAGGAAGCAUGAGUGCUCUAGACACACCCGUAGUAUCGGUGGCCACACCCGGCAAUAGUGUGGCUAAUCCGUCCCAGCUUACCAGCGACAUUCAUUUCAGUACAGAUCUGCCAAGUCUAAUGAGCCAGACUCAGUUAAUUGCUCAGUGGGGAGCACAAAGCUCAUUAGCAGUACAAGGUGCUAACUUGCAACUGACAACCAGCACACUGAAUUUGGCAGACAUAGGCAAAGUCAAGAGUGAACCAAUUUCUCCUCCUCGGGAUUCAACAUCACCCAAAGUGUCUCUCUCUUCACUUUCUCAAACUCUACAGCAACCACUAAUCGUGCAACACCACAUAAACCCCGUCCUCACAUUGGCCUCACUCCCUGUAACUUUACAAGCAGACCAUGAUGACCAGCCCACGAGUGAGAAAAAAUCCCGUAUGACAACAGGAGAUGGAUAA